CCAUCCCCCUUGGGAAGGAUCGGAUAUCCAACAGCCUCAGCCUGAGGUCCAGCCCAUAAGGCUGUCACCUACAACCUUCUUCCCCGCCCCGUCCUCACUGCAGCUUUGUUAGAUUUCUCUAAUGGUUGGGAAUCCUUUCGUGAUCAUACACUGGGAGGAAAAGGAAAAAAAGACCGCUCUCUGGCUCCUGCAUGCCUCUUUUUGAUUGUACGUCUCUAUUCCAUCUAAUUGGAUGAAAUAGGAAGUCCCUGGCAGCCCUGUCUUGCUGGGUGUGCGGAUUUAACUCAGGCCAGCCCUGCAGAGGGGUGGGGAAAGAGGAAAGAGAGCAGAAGGAAGGAAGGCACGGAAGAGAAAGAGUACUCUGGAGGGACGAAGAGGAGGAGGAGGAGUUGGUAAGGACGCAGAGCAGAGAGUCCCCAUCCUUUUAUUCCUUCCUCUAUAAUGAUGAUGCUGGGAAUGAUGCUCAGGAAGCAGGCACCUGCUGCUCUGUAAUGAUUCAGCCUCUUUCAACCAGCUCCUUUGCACAACAGGAUGCUGUUGUUACUGUCUCUGCUGCUGCCAUUGCCGCUGCUGCUGCUACCCUCCUUACUGGUUUUCCUUUGGCUUCUCCUGCAUGACUCCAGCUGUGUUUUCCUCCUCCUGAGCAGCCCCCAGUCUCAGAUGCUGAAGGUGAGAAGCCGGCUGUUCACUUUGGGCUGUUGUUGGUUCAGUUAACCAAUUUUGUGGAGGAAUUGAGCUUUCUGCUUUUCCUUGCCUUGUUUUGAAGAGCCGGGGAUGGCUUGAGAAGAAACUAGGAAUUUAAAAUAAGAACCUUUGAAAAGUGGGAAGGGAGGAGGAAGCUUCACUAUGAGAAGCUUCUUUUCUGAGAAUUUCGAAGGUUUAGAUUCUUUGGUGGUCUCUUUCUGUUGGAUCAUUUUUUCUGAUGCUUGGACUCUAUUUUUAUGCCUGUGCUGUGAUGCUGUAAGAUUUCUGAAGCCGGCUUUCCUGUGAAAGGGGAUGGACCCGAAACAAGCUUUAUAAUUAAGCGUUCUUGAGAAGAAUUCCCCUUGGAAAAUACAGGCUCAAAAAUGUCGGAAGCUAGCCUGGAAAAAGCUCCACAUCCUUCAACCCAGCUGAGUCCCACUGCAUCCCUUGAUGGGCUUCCUGGUGAAGAAGAGAUGCCAGAGACUCAAAGGGAGGAAACCAGGAUGCAGGGAAUAGCAGGCCUUGCAGCUACUUGUUGUGUGUGCCUGGAGGCAGAGCGACUGACGGGUUGCCUUAAUUCCGAAAAGAUCUGCAUCGUCCCAAUCUUGGCUUGCCUGAUCAGCCUCUGCCUCUGCAUUGCUGGCCUUAAGUGGGUGUUUGUGGACAAGAUUUUUGAAUAUGAUUCUCCUACUCACCUUGAUCCCAGUAGGGCUCGACAAGAUCCGAUUACCUCUAUGGACCCUACUGCACUGUCUGCUUGGUUGCCAUCUGCAGCGCAAACCUCCUACUUCCCCCUUCCCACCAAUGAAGCCGCACAGGAGAUCAUGGAGCAACCCAGAGGCCCCAUGGUAGUUACUUCUGAGAUUGCCUCUAAUCCAUCUCCAUAUAACACUGUCCGAAAUGAUUAUUUCUUGCCAUCUUUGGUACCCUCGCUACCUCUGCCUAGCCUAAAACCUGAAGUGAAAAGACCCACCACUGCAUCCCUGGUACAAGAAAUUGAAACCAAUAUCCAAACAGCUGCACCAAAAUCAGCCACUACAUCUACUACUGGGACAAGUCAUCUCACAAGAUGUGAUGUGAAUAAGAAAGGCUACUGUGUAAAUGGGGGUGAAUGCUUCAUGGUCAAAGAUCUUCCAAACCCAAGAUAUUUAUGCAAGUGCCCAAAUGAAUUUACUGGUGAUCGCUGUCAAAACUACGUAAUGGCCAGCUUCUACAAACACCUUGGGAUUGAAUUUAUGGAAGCUGAGGAACUCUACCAGAAAAGGGUGUUGACCAUAACUGGCAUCUGCAUUGCUCUUCUUGUUGUUGGCAUCAUGUGUGUUGUGGCAUACUGCAAAACCAAAAAGCAGCGGAAAAAGUUACAUGACCGUCUCAGGCAAGGCCUUCGAUCAGAACGCAAUCACAGGGUCAACAUGGCAAACGGGCCUCACCAUCCUCAUCCACCGCCAGAGAAUGUCCAGCUGGUGAAUCAAUAUGUAUCUAAAAACAUAAUAUCCAGUGAACAUGCUGUUGAGAGAGAAACUGAGGCAUCUUUUUCUACAAGUCACUAUACCUCAACUACACAUCAUUCUACAACUGUCACCCAAACUCCCAGCCACAGUUGGAGUAAUGGUCGGACCGAAAGCAUAAUCUCUGAAAGUCAUUCAGCCCUUGUGUGCUCCUCAGUUGAGAACAGCCGCCACGCAAGCCCCUCAGGACCUCGCGGUCGCCUCAAUGGCAUUGCUGGACCAAGAGAAUACAACAGUUUUCUCCGGCACGCACGAGACACACCGGACUCUUACCGCGAUUCACCGCACAGUGAAAGGUACGUAUCUGCCAUGACCACGCCAGCUCGCAUGUCUCCUGUAGAUUUCCACACUCCAAGUUCUCCAAAAUCACCAGCUUCACAAAUGUCUCCACAAGUCUCCAGUUUAACAAUGUCUGUCCCGUCUGUAGCUGUCAGUCCAUUUAUAGAAGAAGAGAGGCCUCUCCUGCUGGUGACCCCACCCAGGCUGCGGGAAAAAUACGAGCUUCACUUACAACAGUUCAAUUCUUCUUACCACCACAAUCCUGUCCAUGAAAGCAACAGCCUACCACCAAGUCCCCUGAGGAUGGUAGAGGAUGAGGAGUACGAAACCACGCAGGAAUAUGAACCUACACAAGAGCCUCCAAAGAAACUCGUCAACAGUCGGAGGGCCAAAAGAACAAAGCCCAAUGGCCACAUUUCCACUCGAUUGGAAAUGAACACUGGCACGAGUUGUGAGAACAGUAGCUCAGAGAGUGAGACAGAAGACGACAGGAUAGGUGAAGACACACCUUUUCUGAGCAUACAAAAUGCUACAACCGCUGAACUAGAAUCAGCUGCUACAUAUAGGCUCACUGACACUAGGACUAACCAAGCCAGCCGCUUCUCAACGCAGGAAGAAUAUCAAGCAAGAUUGUCUGGUGUAAUAGCUAAUCAGGAUCCCAUCGCUGUAUAAAGGAGGAGAGAGAGAGAAAGAGAGAAACACUUUAAAAAAAACCACAUAGAUUCACAUGUAAAACUUUAUUUUAUAUAAUGAAAUACUCCAUGAUUAAAUUAAAACAAUUUAUUUUAUUUUAGCAAUUACGCUAUUAGGAUUUAAAAAGAAAAACACAGGAGGGGGAAAAAACUUUUAUAAAUUAAAUAUAUAAUGUAUAUACAAACGUGUUAUGUGCCAUAUGUAGCAAUUUUUUUACAGUAUUUCAAAAAUGAGAACGAUAUCAAUGGUGCCUUUAUGUUACGUUGAGAGCAAGUUUUGUAAAAGUUACUAGUGACUGCUGUUCCACAGUAUUUUGCAGAAGUCUCUAACAGUCUGUUUCCCAUCGGGUUCAUGGCGACUGGCUAUAUGGUCUGUAAGAACUGCAACCGUUCCCUGUCUUGCUUGUCGUAGCUCUGAUAAAAGAAAAAAAGAAAAAUCCAUACUGGCAUACCAACCUAGAAACAAAACAUGCUCAUUUCUUCUUUGAAGAGGCUUCUAUUUCCUUGCAUUUUAUGAGUUGCUCUCUGACAAAACAAGAUUUAUUUUGGAAACCUUGAGAAAAUGGGGAGGUCCAAUAGCCUGCCUUUGUUUUUGGUUUUUUUUUAAGGAUAAUACAGCUUUCAGAAGCAUAGAACUAUAUCCAAUAUUAGACAUCACUGUAGGUUUGUCCAUUUGACUAUAAUUACCCAAGAAUUUACUUGAAUUUAAAUAGGAGCUAUCACUGCUACCAACAACAACCUUUUCACUGAGACACACAUGGACAUGCAAGCACAUAGUUUUGAUUUGUGUAACAAUCUUUCCUAGAUGUUCGCAGUGGUUUGACGGAAGCAUAGUGGGAUCCAAUCUGACAGGAAGUCCUUCUAUGCAAGCAUCUUUUAAAUUAAUAGGAUAGGUCCAAGAGCAAAGAGUUUCUUGUUUUAGUGUCCUUUGUGUAGGAGAACGUGCUACUGAAUUAUCCUGGGUUAAGUAAAUUGAAGUACCAAAGCAGGUAUUUUUAGACCAUCAAGGAAGUGGAUAAAAGCAGAGAAAAUGUAAUACCCACUGCUAAAAUUACAGUAAUUUUGAAACAAUAUUUUCAGGUAGAGCACUUUUUUUUUCCACUUUAAAUUGGGAUGAUCCAUACCAAAAAUAGGACUUUGCAGUGGAUUAUCACUUCCCGUGUGCUUAAAUUUUAUAGUUUACAUAUGGGUGGAAUCCAAAUGUCGUAAAAUAAGCUCUGAUAGAAAAAGAUAAACAUGAUCUGUAUGCCUAGUGACCUAUUAUGUUUUUUACCUAAGUAUUAGUAAGACGAGCAUGUUUAUACUUCUCAGGCUCCCGUCAUGCAUGGGUUUUUGUUAUAUAAAUAUAGAUAUAUAGAUAUAUAUGCAUGUGGCCGGAAAUAGAUGGAAGCCGCCUUUCUUCGAGGCAUGUUGGAGAAACAAUUUGGACAUGAUAAGAGCAAAUGCAUUUAUUUAAACUCCAGAUUGGCCCAAUCACUUAGAAGGAUUCUAUUUCUAGAGCAACCACAUCGAGACAGGUGAAGGAAGCUUGUCUAAGUGAAAUGUAUUCCUCAGCGGAGAGGAACAGGAGGAGGGAGAAACAGAGUGCUGUGCUGUAGUUAGGAGUAAAGUAAUCAUCUAUGCUAUGAUUUUCUCCCCCAAAUAUGUAACCUCUUGCCCUGCUUUAUGCAUCAUUUGGGCAGACUAAGUUCAAACAAACAGGUCUGGUAUUUAAUUUGGCACCAGCAACAACAUUACUGCAGCUUCUUAAUUCACAAGCCAGUAAUUUAUUUUGGAGACCUGAAUCUGGAAUAAAAUUAGCCUUGAUUUAUAUCAUACUAUAGAAUGCAGCCCAGAGGCCAAAGACUAACAAACCUAUUCUCUUAGCCUUCGUAGUGUUGGCAGUCAUGUCCGUUUGAUACCGUUGUGAAUGAAAAGCAAAAUGGUUCACAUAAAAAUUAUUUUAUUAAAAUAAAAACAUGCCCAGUGCUCAAAUUUGCUUAAUAGUGGUAUCUUCACAAAAGGCCUAGUCUGGAGAAUUGUUAAUUUGAUUACAGAAGGCUAACAUGGCAAUCCUAGUACUAUGUAUUGGAAAAUAAUUAUAGAGUGGACUUCUGCAUAGCACUGGGUAGAAUUGUGCUAUAAAGUGAUAUUUACAUUUCAGAAGCAUCAGUAAAUCACAUUCCUAUGAUGCAACAUACAUUCACUGCCAGUUUCCAAAUCAUCAUAUUGACUUCAACUGGAUAUUGAAGCAAACUCUGGUGUUGACUACUGUUCUAUUACUUUAUAUAUGUUUCCUAAUAUUCACUUACAGGCUUCAAUUGCAUUCACUUUCUCUUGACUAAAUCUGGGGGGAGUUUUCCGCAUUGCCAAAACAAAACAAAACCCUAAAGCAGGGGUUUCUGGACUUCUGGACUUCAGCUCCCAGAAUUUCCCAGCCAGCAUGAUUGGCUGGGGAAUUCUGGGAAUUGAGGUGCCAAGGUUUCAAGGUUUCUUAAGCAUAAGGCUGGACAGAUCAGAGAAAGUUUUCCAGAAUGUUACCAAUCCUUGACACUGAAUGUCGACUAUGUUGUUAAUAUACAUACUUCUUCCAGUAAUCUUUCUUCAGUUUUCUGUUGUUUCAGAGUCAUUAUGGCUAUUGUAUGUAGGCUAUUCAGGGGGAAUAGUGAAACAGACAUGUACAUAUUUCACUUAGAGUACUUGAUAGAGUAUAUUGAGGCUCCAAUAUAAAAGAAAACAGAAGAAAUAAUUUCAGAUUUCAGAAAGACUAUUCCAACUCUCUAGCAUAUGAUAUAGAUUAAAAAGCAUUUCAGAAACUAAACAUUUCACCAGUUUUAUCAUGUUGUUCCAAUAGUCUUCUGCACACAUUCCUUUCUUUUAAAUACAUUAAUGCAUUGUAUUCCUGCCAGGGCAGACAAUGCUUCCAUUACAAUAAUGUCCCUAUAACCUUUAACUGUCUUUCCAUUCAUUCUUCUGAAACUAAAAACACACCUAUGCGAGGCUGUCACAUGUUCUCCUUUCUGUGCUUACCAAUACUAAAUUGGUGCAUAAACUUGAUCUCCCUCCAUUUUGGGUGCACGUCAUCAUUCCCAAAACUUUUCUUGCAGUAUUGAAGUUGGGAUCCCCAGAAGAACCUGGGGAGAGAAAUUCAUGCAUUUUGAUUGCCUUGCCUUGCUGCUGAAUCUCACUUUGGACUAGUGGAUGGGGGAAGCACUACUAGACUCUUCUUGCAUUUGAGCUUGUUGUCCUGGCAUUGAUUCCCUACUAGAUAUUUCCUUUGAGUGGAACUCAACUCCUGGUGACUUCAUAAGCAAGGGUAGUUACUUUGAUUAUAAUACUGCCUUUUAAAACAUGGGUAAACAACUAAUGUGGGCAAGGGAGAGAGUUUAAAUCAAUGCAAUAUGGCUUUCAGGAAGAUGCACUGAGCAGAAUUGCACGUACAUUGAAAAAUGGCUCUAAACCAGUUAUAAUUCUACCAGAAAAGAAAUGCAAUUAAAUUAAUGAGGAGUAAUCAUGUAACUGCAUUUAAAUUCAUUCAGCUAAACUUAAAUUUAAAUUAAAUCAACUUGAAUUUUUGCUCUGCUCCUAAUUCUUUAAUUUUAUGCUGGGUCCCUUCAGACUUCAGGUAGGGUAACUUGAACUGGCCAAUGCAACCUUCAGUCCAUAAUGAAAAUAUGCAUGCCCUGUUGUAAUAGGUAACACUACUGUGCCAGUUAGCUUAAUAUCUUACUCUGUUAAUUGAUGUGUCCAGAUUAGUUUGUGCAUGAAUAUUGCUUGUUUUCUCAUCAUUUUG